UCUCCCCUUUCAUCUCUUCUUACUCACAUAUAUAUAUAUAUAUUUAAGACUUCUAAGUUUAAGGAGAAAUUCAUCAAAAAAAAAAGUUUAAGGAGAAGACUUGAGAUAGAAGGAUCAAAUGAGGAAUGCUGUUCUUCCUACUAUUUCUUCAGAUAUCUACAAUUUUGGGAGUAAUGAAGUUCAGAUGUCAAAUUCAGGCAUCUCAAUGGACAGCAAAUUAAAUAUAUAUGGUUCUAGCUUUUCUUUGGAAUCUGAAGCUUUCAGUGAUUUUACAAUUCCUUAUCAUGAUCAACACUACCAAUCAGGUAUUUAUCAUCUUACAUCACUAAACAGAGACAACAAUGCACAACAGCCAAUUAUUUCACAGGAUUUUGACUUUCAGUCAACAUCAACAAGGAAAAGAUCAUUUGAUGCUAUUAGUCCAUUUAGUCAAGGGGGUAUAAAUGAUCAAAUAAAAAGUAAAGGAAGCUUUAGUGAAUGGGAGAAAUAUAAAAGGAGGAAAUCAACUUCAUCUCAAGAACAAUGGCAUCACAAAGUUAAAGAAUCAAUCAAGAACAAAAUUCCUGUAAGAAAAAGCCAAAAGCUAAGUGAUAAAAUCACUUCUCUACAAAAAUUAGUCUCCCCAUAUGGAAAGACAGAUACUGCUUCUGUUCUUCAAGAGGCUUCUCUAUAUAUUAAGCUACUUCAACAACAAAUUCAGAAUUUGUUUCAGAUGCUGAGUACCACAUGCCCUUCACAGAAUAUUGAUGGCAGAUUGUUAGACCUACAAAGUAGAGGGAUCUGCUUGUUUCCAGUAUCAGUUAUGCAAAGAUUGUCUCAACCACACUACGCUUCCACUUCUAAUGCUAAUUCAUUUGAUUCUAUAGUAUCCAAAAAGUUUUAGUAUAGCAAUUAGCUAAUUACUCUAUAUUAAGUAAUUACCCAUUUUUCUAUGAAAAUUGAAACCACUUGAAACAA